CAGCUGUGUCGCAUCACAGACCAGUGCUAGGAUUUUCGUACACUAAAUUUGCUGUGUUUAAGUUCAUCCAAACUUAUUUAUUAAAAUGAGGGAAUGUAUUUCUGUUCACAUUGGACAAGCUGGCGUCCAGAUCGGUAAUGCCUGCUGGGAACUCUACUGCCUGGAGCACGGAAUCCAGCCCGAUGGCCAUAUGCCCUCCGACAAGACCGUGGGCGGUGGCGACGACUCCUUCAGCACCUUCUUCAGCGAGACAGGAGCUGGCAAGCAUGUGCCCCGCGCCGUCUUCGUGGAUCUGGAGCCCACUGUGGUGGACGAGGUCCGUACUGGGACCUAUCGUCAGCUCUUCCACCCGGAGCAACUGAUCACCGGCAAGGAGGACGCGGCCAACAACUAUGCCCGUGGUCACUACACCAUCGGCAAGGAGAUCGUCGACGUGGUCCUGGACAGGAUCCGCAAGCUGGCGGACCAGUGCACCGGACUGCAGGGCUUCCUGGUCUUCCACUCCUUCGGUGGAGGCACUGGCUCCGGCUUCACCUCGCUGCUGAUGGAGCGCCUCUCCGUCGACUACGGAAAGAAAUCGAAGCUCGAGUUCUCCAUCUACCCAGCCCCACAAGUUUCCACAGCUGUCGUCGAGCCGUACAAUUCGAUCUUAACCACCCACACGACGCUGGAGCACUCGGAUUGUGCAUUUAUGGUCGACAACGAGGCGAUCUACGACAUCUGCCGCCGCAACUUGGAUAUCGAGCGACCCACCUACAUGAACCUCAAUCGCCUAAUUGGCCAGAUCGUUUCCUCCAUCACGGCCUCGUUGCGCUUCGAUGGCGCCCUGAAUGUGGAUCUGACCGAGUUCCAGACCAAUUUGGUGCCCUACCCACGCAUCCAUUUCCCGCUGGCAACAUACGCUCCCGUCAUUUCCGUGGAGAAGGCCUACCACGAGCAGCUGACCGUGGCGGAGAUCACCAAUGCCUGCUUCGAGCCGGCCAACCAGAUGGUCAAGUGCGAUCCCCGACGGGGCAAGUACAUGGCCUGCUGCAUGCUCUAUAGAGGUGAUGUUGUGCCCAAGGAUGUGAACGCAGCGAUUGCCACCAUCAAGACGAAGCGCUCCAUCCAGUUCGUCGACUGGUGUCCCACCGGCUUCAAGGUGGGCAUCAACUACCAGCCACCCACCGUCGUCCCUGGCGGGGAUCUGGCCAAGGUGCAGCGCGCCGUCUGUAUGCUGUCCAACACCACGGCCAUCGCCGAGGCCUGGGCCCGUCUGGACCACAAGUUCGAUCUGAUGUACGCCAAGCGGGCCUUCGUCCACUGGUACGUGGGUGAGGGCAUGGAGGAGGGCGAGUUCGCCGAGGCUCGCGAGGAUCUGGCCGCCCUCGAGAAGGACUACGAGGAGGUGGGCAUCGACUCCACCACCGAGCUGGGAGAGGACGAGGAGUACUAAGCCGUCCUCGAGCAACACAAGCGAAUUCCUUAACGGUCCUGAAAACUCUUUAAACAUCACAUUUUUUCCAAACCCCAAUACAAACCCAUAAACUCCUGCAAUAAAAAAAUUUAGCACAAAA